AUGAUGUCGCAAGAAGCUGACAUGGAUAAUUUAUCCUGGUGUAGCAGGGAAGUAUAUGUCUCACAGCGCACACAGGCUAGCAAGGCCGUCGACACGGUGGCAUCGGACAGUUUGUAUAUGACUCUUCCGACCACCCCUGAAGCAGACCACCUUGCCGCCUCUCCGGGUCGCACCAGCACCGGUCAGAUAGGACAGGCAGAGCAGUUGACUGCAUUAAAAACCUCCUCUAGUAACCAUUUCUCUGAGCUACUACAAUCAUCUCAGUUGGGGUCAAGCAUGAUAUCAGCGAGGGUCUUCUCUUCCAAACUGACUGCUAAAUCACCUGAUGAAUACAACUCUUCUUCAACUUCCAAAGCUCAAAAGCAGAAAAAGUGGUCGAGUAAAACUGGGGCGACCAUAAAAAAGACAAGACUGUUUCCCACAAAGCUAGAGGACGAUGAAUUUGUGAUUCGUGUUGGGAUGGAUAUAAAGGAUGUGGACGAACGAUAUGAAAAAAUCAAAGUAGAUGGACAAACGGUUCUCUACAGGAAGGAUAGGAAAUUCGGAGUGUCGAGCGAGGCUGUGAAGUCUGUUAGCCCUGAAAAUUUACCACGAGCCAUCCGGCUUCAUUGGCUUGCCCCUGAUGAUCCGAAUGGUCUAAUUUUACAUUACUGGAUCCGAUAUCGACGUGUCUCUAGUCGAUAUUUGGAGGGCUUCUGGCCUUCUGCAUCUGGGUUGAAUACCUCCAUAGAUGAAGUAAAUUGA